AUGUCCUAUUUGAAAAGCCUGAUAAGCUCAUCGUCAUCAACUCAGGGCUCCAUCAAGUCCGCAAUCCCAGAUACUCGACCUCCUGCUGAAAGCCUUGGAAUCAAAGAUAUUCAUCCUCUUCUAAUCAAGUUUCUGUAUAAAAAUGAGAACAAGAAGUUGACCGAGUUCUUUGAGAAAUUGGAGAAGAAGACCCAAACCAAUCGAGAGAACGUAUGUUCUAGUAACAUAAACUAGCAUUAUCUUCAGUUGAGUUACAUUAUAAUCGGAAUGUUAUCUUGUUACGUUGCAUUCGGUCAUCAACGGGAGAUGGUUUCUGAUCUGAUUGGAUUCAUUUUCCCCUUCCACUUGACAAUUACUGUCCUCCGAAACCCCAACAUCAAGGAGGAGCAUUCUUUGAUGGUCUACUGGGCAGUGUUUGGCUUGUGUCAAGUGAUGGACAACUUCUUCAGAGACAUGGUUCCGGCCUAUUACCUGUUCAAGACCGUCCUUUAUGUUUAUCUGCUGGUACCAGGAACGGGAGGAAUUCAUUAUGUGGAGAAAGGACUGCUGAUCAAGGCAGGAGAGUUGAUGCACGGUUUCUUUGAGCUUUUCGUAUCCCAAUAA